AUGGCGAUGGACACAAUGGCAGUAGAGCUGCCCGACUUGUCGACCCACAGCCCACGCCCGAUAGCCGAGGAGACGCCGGAAGAAAAGUACGAGCGUCUGCUGAGGCGAGCGCGCAGCGAGGAUCUCAACGAGAUCUCGGGGAUCGGUUGCUUAUACCAGAGCGGCGUGGACCGACUGGGCAGGCCCGUGGUGGUGUUCAUCGGGAAAUGGUUCCCCAUCGGCGACAUCGACCUGGAUAAGGCCCUGUUAUAUCUGAUCAAGCUGUUGGACCCCAUUGUGCGAGGAGACUACGUCAUCGCCUACUUCCACACCCUCGCCUCUUCCUCGAACCACCCUCCGUUCUCCUGGCUCAAGGAGGUAUACUCCGUCCUGCCUUACAAAUACAAAAAGAACUUGAAAGCCUUCUACAUCGUGCAUCCAACGUUUUGGACAAAAAUGAUGACGUGGUGGUUCACCACGUUUAUGGCGCCGGCGAUCAAGGCCAAGGUGCACAGCCUGCCCGGCGUGGAGUACCUGUACUCGGUGAUGGCGAGGGACCAGCUCGAGGUGCCCGCCUUCGUCACCGAAUACGACAUGACGAUAAACGGGCUGCACUACUUCCAGCCGGAUACGAGCGGCACAUUCGAGCCGAACUUUGGCUGCGAUCGAUCGAAGCUCACGCGCAUCGGCCAAUCGGGAACCUCGCUUCCCGCGCUCGUUUUCGGAUCGGCCAAUCGGGAACCUCGUUUUCCGCGCUCACUUUCGGAUCGGCCAAUCGCG